AUGCCAGUGGUGCGGACCCCAUUGUCGACUCAGCUACAACAGGGACCUGUGCCAUCAAUGCAACAGGCAUGGUCAGAGGCUAAGCUUGCGCUCAACCAACAGUGGCUUGACAUUUUACAAGAAAUGGGACGUGCUAGUGGUUUGGUGCAAUCAACUGCCAUCUCCAACCAUGUGGAUGAACACAGACUUCGUGUGCUAUCCAAGUUUGCUCCAACCACUCUGCAAUCUUAUUUUCGCAUUUGGAAACGGUGGCAUGAUUUUGCACGACAGUUGACAGUGUGCCCAUUUCAGCCGAAUGCCGCGAUCCUGGCAGAUUUCUUGGCAGAGCAUGCACAUGGACCUUUAGGUGUUGCCACUGCAUACCAUAAGGGAUUGACAUGGAUGGCCAGAUAUGCACAACUGGAUGACUUGUUUCAGGCCCUGCAGCAAUCCGUGUGCAAGGCCUAUCUGCACUCGGCCAUCAUCAGGGAGAAGCGUGAGUCGGCACCUCUUCCAUUGUCGUUUGUGGUUUUUCUUGAAAAGAUGGUACUUGCCAAAACCACCUCUGCAUGCGAUGUGUUACAGCUGGGGUCCUUGCUCUUCUUGAUUUGGAGCAGCUUGCGUUGGUCGGAUGCCUUGUGGGUGGACCCCCAGACGCUUACGAUACAACAGCAUGCCAUGUUUGCUUUGGCGUCCCACACCAAGACGACAAACAGGGGUAUGCCUAUUGCAUGUUUUGCUUUUGGACUUCUGGGACGUCAUGGUCAGGUGGCAUGGGCACAGGUGUGGCUCAAUGUGGUUCAACAGGCAUUGCAUGACACCCAGCAGCGCUUCCCCACAUUCAAAGUGGACUUCCUGCUGACAGAAGUGGGCCCAGACAUGAUGAAACCAGUUUUUCUUCGCCCAAUGCCACGUGACAGAGGUUUGCAGUUACUGCGCUAUUGGCUGUGCAAGUGCCAUGAAGCUCACCAGGGCACCAUUGCCCAACGUAUUGCAGAAGGCUUCAGGCCACUUAGGCCGAUGUUGCGUGGAGGUGCUCCUUCACUUCCCGAUUUUGCGAUUUCUUUGCCUCCCUGGCAGCCUUUACCUUUUCAAGUGGUACCUCAGCCAGCUGUGACUGACCAGAUGCCAGAGCGUGCCAAGGAAUCGGAUGAUCCACAGGCACCAUCUGAUGCGGAAGACUCUGAAGCAUCCGAAGAGUCGGCCAUGGAAGACGAGGAACCUCUCAAAAUUGCUGAGAAACUUGCGGAGGCCCCAGAAGAAAUGGUGUUUUUGGUGAACCCGAUUACGAAGGUUGCCCAUCUGGCGAUCCAAUGUGACAGCUUGGACCGGGCACGGUGCUAUGAAGACACCACUUUGCAGGCCUACAGAACUGGAUGCGGGGCACGCCCCAAUGCAAUUUCAGGUGACUUACACUUCACCCAUUGCUUGCCGGUUGGAGCCAGAUUAUGCCUGCGACGGGCAUGUGCCAAGAUCAUGUCACAUGUUGCCUGA